UCUGACCAGAUGUGCCGGUUAUGGGCAACUACUUGUGCACAUUUUUCCGUACUCUUUGGAGCUACUUCCAAAGAUAUUUUAUGGAAUCUUUUGCCGAUAUCUUCCGAUCGUUACUAGAUAAGAUAACGGGAAAAAAGAGGGAACAAUGCCGCACAGAUGAGAUUUCUUACGACGUCCAAAAUAAUACACUGGAUGAGUCUGCAAUGGAGGCGCAGGAAAGCAUUUUAACAACACCAUUGACUGGACAGUGUAGAAGUACCCAAACGCUACCGUUGGUUGAGAGCGAUAAAUGGGAAGAUUCGAGGGCUGUGGGAAGUGUGUCUCCACUAACAACUCCACCCCCAAGUGCAAAUGCCCCGCAGGAAGAGACAAGCUUAUGGGAAGAUGUGGAUGUCAAUGCCAAAAAAAGAUUGAUUAGAAAGACGGAUCAGGAGAAGAUCGAUGUGAUUAUGGAUGCCUUCAGACGCAAUGAUGUGGCAUGGAUGAAUCACAAACUUGAAGAUUUGAAGCAAGGAUCAAGCAAAAAUAGCACUCCCAAAUCUCUUGAACAAGAACAGGAGGAUCAAAAUUCGGAAUUUAUCUAUGCAAACCCGGAUUACGAAUGGGUGGAUGAGUUUAAGGAGAAUCCUCCUCCUCAAAAUAAAACACUGCGUCUGCGUGAGCCGAAAUGGAGCGAAUUAACGAAUGAAAUUUCUCGUCGUUACACUAAAAACACACCUUCGUUCCUGAAUGCAUCCACCAGCACGCCGCUUUCUCAGAAUGUGAACUCUUUACUGUACAAGGAGGUGGGGUUACGUCCCAUGAAUCCAGCAUAUUACAAAAUUGCCUACGAUUGCGACAGUGAUGAUGAACCCACUACUUCACAGAACACUCACAAUGCCCACCAAAACCCGGCAAAGUCUGGUAUAAAGAAGAAGAUUGCAAACAGAAGGAAAGCAAAGGGAGGAUCUUCUAGGCAUAGACGUAGACAUUAGUUGUUUUAGACAAAAUUU